GCAAGUCAAGUUCAAGUUCUUGUUUGGUGAACUUUACAGACAUCGCCAGGAGUUCAAAGAUGAAUUUCGGUGUGGUGAAGGGCACUGUACGCUUGUGCAUUCUCAAGACAAUGUUGUUCCCUCGGUACUGCCUGUCCACGGCGGCAGCCUGCCACUCGCCCGUCCGUGUGCGACUGCUGCCCAGCCCGAAGUGCCUCUUUGACGAGCCGGUACAAGUGAAAGUGGAGGGACUCUCCCCGAACCAGGAGGUCGUUCUGAGAGCGAAGCUGACAGACGAAAAGGGGGAGCUGUUCCAGUCCUCCGCCGCGUACCGGGCAGACGGGAUCGGUGAGAUUGAUUUGUCCCGGUCACCUGCUCUGGGCGGCAGCUUCUCCGGUACCGACCCUAUGGGUCUAUUCUGGUCAUUAAGCUCCAAAAAUGCUCACAAAAAACUAGUAAAGCGAGACGUGCGAACCCCUUUCCUCGUCGAUAUCGAGGUGUACAGCGACGGGGAUACGGAGGGGCAGCUGCUCGCCAAGGAGACUAACGAGAGAGGCUUCCUCGCAGAAGGCGUACAGAGACUGCCCGUUAGGGAGGGCAGAGUUCGGGCAACCCUCUUUUUACCGCCCGGCAGGGGUCCCUUCCCCGGGGUGCUGGACAUGUACGGGACAGGGGGCGGUCUGCCCGAGUACAGAGCCAGCCUGCUGGCCAGCCGGGGGUUUGCAGUCCUGGCCCUCGCCUACUACAGCUACCUGGACCUGCCCAAGGACAUGAGGGAGCUGGAGCUGGAGUACUUCGAGGAGGCUGUGAGCUUCCUCAGGACACAUCCACAGGUGAAAGGUCCUGGUAUAGGUGUCCUGGCAAUCUCUAAAAGUGGGGACCUGGCGCUGUCCAUGGCUUCCUUCUUGCCUGGCAUCUCUGCCAUCGUCAGCAUCAACGGCUGCAAUGCCAAUACGCUGUUUCCCCUGCAUUACAAGGGCACCGUCGUCCCUCCCUUGUCAUUUAAAACAAGCAGGCUAUUCCUCACCAAGUCUGGGAUCGCAAACAUCAGGGACACCCUCAAUAACCCCACCGAGGAGGAGAAUCGCCAAAGCUUGAUCCCGAUCGAGCAAGCGCAGUGCAGAUUCCUCUUCGUUGUUGCGGAGGAUGACCAGAACUGGAAGAGCCCAUUCUACACAGAAGAGGCAGCCAAGAGGCUCCGGGAACACGGGAAGGAUAACUGUGAGGUGGUAGUGUACCCUGGAGCAGGGCACUAUCUGGAGCCUCCCUACUUCCCUCACUGCCCCUCUUCGCUGCAUUUACUGGUUGGUUUUCCGGUGGUCUGGGGAGGGGAACCCAGGAGCCACGGGGAGGCGCAGGUGGACCUGUGGGGCAGGAUACAGGCAUUUUUUAUAAAGCACCUUGAUGGAGAGAGCACCUCCAAGGCUAGGCUCUGAAACAGCACCACGGAUAACACUGAGGAGCCAAUCUGGAAAAAGAUUUCAACAGGUGAAGAAGGGCUUUUACCCGAAAUGUCCUGAAAAUAAGAUUGAUUAAUCUUUUAAACUUUGUGUACAUUUUGUAAAAUUGCAGUUUUGUAUAUAUAUAUAUAUAUAUAUAUAUAUAUAUAUAUAUAUAUAUAUAUAUAUAUAUAUAAGCUCAAAGAGCCAGCUGCCCAACGUUUCGAUAUGUUGUACAUAUCUUUCUCAGGGGAGCCACAUAUAUAUAUAUAUAUAUACACACACACAUAUAUAUAUGUAUUUAUAUACAUUGUCACUGUUUAUUAUACAGCUUUUUUCUUGCAUUAGAAUUGUAGUGAUUCAAAAUGGGUUCUUUUUGUAAAAGUUCUGAUGCCACCUUUUGAAUGUAAACAACAAUCUCUUUCUUACUUUCACCUGAAGAGACCUUGAGGUCUUGAAAGCUUGUGAUUAAUUAUUAUUUAGUUAGUCCAAUAAAAGGUAUCACAUCUCCUCCUCUUUGUCUAUCAUCUCUGGAUUAAUACAGCUGCCAUUCCAUCUAUCAAUUAAGAAAACAUACAAAUUGAAGUGUCCCCUUUGACUUUGGACAAACCUUUUGGAUUGGAACUAUUCGGUGCUACCCCGACUGCUUCAUUCAUCCUUUUUGUGAAAUCAAAUUGUUCUUAUUAUUACCUUCUCAAUGUAACUUUUUGUAACAUUAACUGUUUGAUUUUCUGUUCACAAAGAUUGUUACAAAUUGCACUUUGGAGUAAAAAUCUUAAUAAAUAUGGCCCAUUUCUA